UGUGUACUACAUCAUCGCAUCUGCGCGACAGGACUCCCUUUGCAGGGGACAGUAACAAGCCGAAGAAGCGGUGCAUACUCUGAUACGAUGGAUUUCAAUCUCAAAAAGCUUACUUCUGAUGCAGGAGUCUUCUUCACUCGUGCAGUCCAGUUCACAGAAGAGAAGUUGGGCUCUGCGGAGAAGACUGAGCUCGAUGCCCACUUGGAGAAUCUGAUCGCCCGGGCCGACUGCACCAAGAACUGGACUGAGAAGAUCUUUAGGCAAACAGAGGUCUUGUUGCAGCCCAAUCCAAGUGCGCGUAUAGAGGAGUUUUUCUAUGAGAAGUUAGAUAAGAAGAUUCCAUCCAGGACAACCAAUGGAGAGCUGCUGGGACAGUAUAUGCUGGAUGCUGCUAAAGACUUUGGCCCAGGGACCCCAUAUGGCAGUACCCUGAUCACAGUGGGGGAGUACCAGAGUAGACUGGGCGGGGCGGAGCGGGAGUUCCUCCAGACCUCGGCUAUCAACUUCCUCACUCCUCUCCGCAACUUCCUGGAAGGAGACUGGAGAACCAUAUCUAAAGAGAGACGUCUCCUAGAGAACCGGCGGUUGGACCUGGACAUCUGUAAAGCACGUGUCAAGAAAGCCAAGCAAGCCGAGGCUAAAGCGGCAGCCGAGCCCGAUUUUCAGGAGACUAGGCCUCGAAAUUAUGUUCUGUCUGCGAGCGCAUCUGCGCUGUGGAGUGAGGAAGUGGACAAAGCGGAGCAGGAGCUGCGUGUGGCUCAGACAGAGUUUGACAGACAGGCCGAGGUCACCCGGCUGCUACUGGAGGGCAUCAGCAGUACACACGUCAACCACCUGCGCUGCCUGCAUGAGUUUGUGGAGGCCCAGGCUACAUACUAUGCCCAGUGCCACCAGUACAUGCAGGAGCUGCAGAAAGAACUGAGCAGUGCUAACAGCGAUACGUACCCAAACUCUUUUGCCUCGAACGCCAACCCCUCCACCUCUGCCACAUGCCCCUCCCCCGUCUCCUCUGCCACCCUGCCAGGGGUCUCACCCCCAUGCCUGGCCUCCACCUCCACCCCUGGCAUCGCUCGGGAGCCUUCUGGCCCGUUGAAAAUCCAGGAUGUGCAGCAGCCUUCCACAGGCCACCGCAAGGCCAAGGUCCUGUAUGACUACGAUGCCCACGACACUAGUGAGCUCUCCUUACUGGCCGACGAGCUCAUCACUGUCUACACAGUGCCAGGCAUGGAUCCAGACUGGCUCGUGGGAGAGCGGGGCAACCAGAAGGGCAAGGUGCCCGUCACCUACCUGGAGUUGCUGAGCUAGAUGGACCCACGUAGGGACACACACACGUACACACACGUCCUCAAACGCACACUCGCACACACACACGCACACACGCACACAUGCCUCUACUCUAUGGUCUCAUGGCACAGGAGGUUGGUGGCACCUUAACUGAGGAGGACGGGCUUGUGGUAAUGGCUGGAGUGGAAUAAGUAGAAUGGUAUCAAACACGGAAAGAUGCCAUUCCAUUGACUCCAUUCCAACCAUUUUUAUGAGCCGUCUUCCCCUCAGCAGCCUCUGCUGUCUCAUGGUGCGCAACACACUUACUUUGGUCUCUGGCCAAUUCAAACGCAUAUGCAAAAGGAUUCAAAAGCUAAAUGAGUGGAUAUAUAGCGUACCAGAAGGGGAACAGUCGUAAAAAUAGUGAAUAGUCUAUAUUCUAGCUCUAUAUUUGCUCUUUUCCCACUAGCUAUUUGGAAUCCAUCCACCUUGCACGCUCUAUCUUUCUUUCUCAUUGAGAAAUGACAGGAGCCGCUCGAAUAAGGUGGCAUAUCUGGGUAUAUAGUGUAUAUAAUAGACCGGGUUUGAACUUGUUUUAUUUCGUUUUUCAACCAAGCUAAUUUAGUCAUAGUUUGUCACCAUUACUUUGACAUUUCAAAGCCAUGGGGGAAAAGGUAAAACCGCCUGUAAAAUCCCCCAUCUGUCGGCCUGUAAUGCAAACAUCAUCCAGAGUGACGCAAAUAUUUAUCUCUCCAAGGUGUUAUUAGCCAUUGGCUAUCACAACAUAAAACAUGAAUCUUGAAAAAAAGAGACUGCUGUACAGUAUGCUAACAGAAGGUGACUCAUAUUGGCUGCGUCAUAAACAGGUGAUGAAAGACUAGAGGAAUAGUUGAAUUUCAGUUCUUGUUUUCUGACUGGUUGCAUUCUGUUUAUGUACGUACUGUAUUUACGUGGCUUUUAUUUCUUAGGUGUCACUGUUUUACUUUUUUACGAGUGUUCCCCCAUCUGGCCCUGUUUGUGAGGAAAAGGACAAAACCAUGGUAACUUUAUUAAACUAACAUAGGUUUAUGCAAAUCAAAGUAUUGAGUUGCUCUCUGUGGGUUGAUCCGUUGUUGAUGUUUGCGUGUCAUUGUUGUUUUUGUUUAUCCACUCUGGUUGCUGAUGUUUGUCGAGUUUCGGGUGUGUUUUACUAGCUAUCAGGUCUUAAUGUUUGUCUUUUUGAAUUUGUAGAUGUUUUGAAAUGGGUGUAGUUGUAUGUAAUAAGUUCAGACCUGUGGUUUCCUUUACCCCUGUGUGGGUCGCCAUCUCUCUCUGAACCCCUCAACAUUUCCUCCUGUCAGUGUUACCAAUAUGCUGUUGUAUGAUUAUUGUAUGAAUGGAACUUGAAGAAAAUUAACAACCGCUUGUUUAAACUGAUAAAAAAUAAGCACUGGAUAAUCUGACACAUUAAAACAAAACAACUUUUCAUUUAUAACAUUGUACAACUGAAUAAAAUGUUACAUUUCAACAUUGUUUUUUUGUGAUG